CGGCCCCGCCCUCCGCGCUCGGUUACGCCCGAGGCGAAGCUCCAGGGUUGCUGCGGCUGCAGGGGGAGUAGGGCGCCCGGGGCGGCUGUGGGAGCCGAGUGAGGCUGCACCAUGGGCCGGCUGCUGCGCGCCGCCCUCCUGCUGGCCUGGGGUGUGUCCUUGGGGAUGUGCCUGAUAGGGCUUGAAGAGCCUGGCCCAGAGGGGCUCACUUCUACCUCUCUGUUGGAUCUCCUGCUGCCAAGUGGACUGGAGUCUGUGGACCCAGUUGAGCCAAGUGAGGCCAUUGGGCCAGGAAUUGGGUUGGGAGGUCCUGGCUCAGGCUUCACCAGUGAAGAAAAUGAAGAGUCCAGGAUUCUGCAGCCACCACAGUAUUUCUGGGAAGAUGAGGGAGAGCUGAAUGACUCCACCUUGGACCUAGGACCCACUGAAGACUACACCUUUCCACUCUCGCCACAAAAAACAGCGCCAGAAGAAGACAAGAGUCAGGACCAAGAUGCUCCAAACCUCUCCUCUCCCCUGCCCACAAUGAAUCUGGUUGAGCCACCCUGGCAUAAUCCUCCUGAGGAUUUGGAUGAAGAAGAGGAAGAAGAAGAAGAGGAAGAAGAAGAAGUGGAGGAGGAGGAAGAAGAAGAAGAGCAGGAAGGGGAAGAGGAGGAAGAAAGGGAACCAAAAAAGCAGGAGGAGGGAUUACUUGCAGUCAAUGGGUCCCAGGAGACACCCCAAUCUCAGGUACCUGGCCCCUUUUCUACCAGCACCCCACCUGGCUCAGGGGUUCCCAGAAACAGACAUGAAGAUCCUGUGGACCAAGGUGUGGAAGUGGGGAGCAGCAUGGAGCCAGGCUUAUCACCACUUCCAAUCAUCCCAGCUACGGUGACCCUGGGCAGCCAAGACUUUACCAAGCAGGGGGCAGAAGGAACUGUGGGAGUGACAGAACAAGAUACAGGUUAUGCUAAGGAGGAAAUCGAUGAGGAGGACACCGUGGUAUCAAAAGGACCAGUGGUCAAGCAGGGGGAUGAGUCCCCUUCUGUAUCACCUUCUCAAAGAAACGUGCCCUCUGGGGCUCCUUCCCAAAUGAGCAUCUCUGCCUCUCCCACCCCGGACCUUGGUGGAGUAGAACUCACACCCUCUGCUGCUGCCACGGGCCAACAAGACCUUCCUCUUCCAGUUGAGGAUGGGCAGGCUCCUGGGGUACCCACCAGGACAUCCUGGGACCCAGCUCAGGUUAUCUGCAAAGACUGGAGCAACCUGGCUGGAAAGAACUACAUUAUCUUGAAUAUGACGGAGAACAUAGACUGUGAAGUGUUCCGGCAACACAGGGGGCUUCGACUCCUGGCCCUGGUAGAGGAGGUGCUGCCCCGGCAGGGGGAUGGGCGUCCUGGGGACUGGCACAUCUCCCUGAGCAAACCCAGUGAGAAUGAGCAGCACUUGCUGAUGACCCUAGUGGGAGAGCAGGGAGUGGUUCCAACCAAAGAUGUCCUCUCGGUUCUGGGCGACAUCCGGAGAAGUUUGGUGGAGAUUGGCAUCCAGAAUUACUCCACUACCACUAGCUGCCAGGCCCGGCCGAGCCAGGUCCGGAGUGACUAUGGGAAGCUCUUUGUUGUGCUGGUCGUCAUUGGCUCCAUCUGUGUCAUCAUCAUCGUUCUAGGGCUCAUCUACAAUUGCUGGCAGCGUCGUCUGCCCAAGCUCAAGAACAUGUCCCAUGGAGAAGAACUUCGCUUUGUGGAGAAUGGAUGCCAUGACAACCCCACAUUGGAUGUGGCCAGUGACAGCCAGUCAGAGAUGCAGGAGAAGCAGCCGAGCCUGAAUGGGGGCAGCACUGUCAAUGGGCCUGGGGGCUGGACUGUGCUGAUGGGGGGCAAGAGAGACCCUGAGGACUCUGAUGUAUUCGAGGAGGACACACACCUGUGAAUUGGGUUGGGGGACCAGUCCCCUCCCUCCCCUCCACCACUACCAAACACACUCCUUUCUUUCCACCCCAGGACUUCGGACCAGCACUCUGGACAAAACCAGAAUGGUAAUGCUGAAGGGGUGUGAGUGGAACAUAUUCAGGUCAGGAUAGGUAUGUCUGAGAGAGAAGUACCCAAUGCUGUCCUGCUUUCGAGACUAAUCUGUAUCAUUCUGCUCAAAGACCACCACUAGGUCCUGUCUCUCUCCCCUCCUCUGAAUCACCUCUCACCCUCUUUGCUGGCUCGGUGCAUUCGAGCAGAGAGCUGAUGACUUGAUUUCUCCCCAUCUCCAAGGUGGGGACAUUCCCCUUGCUUAACUCUCCAUCGAUGAGGUGAAGAAGGGGCCCCGAAAGAAGAUCACUGUGGGUAAUGGCAGAGUUUGUGUCCGAACCUAGAACAGUAAGCACAUCCCCUGCCAGGCUUGAGCGCCUGGGACAAAGAGAAGAGAGCCCAGGCCAACCUUCAUUCCGCCAGGAAACCCACACAAGCUAUAGCCCUCCCCUCCCCUCCUUCCUCCACGUCAGACUCCUGCAUCUUGCUUUGGUUAAUCCCAAAGCACAGAAUGGGUGAGCCCAAAGCCUAGUAGGGAUUAGGACUACGCAGCCCACUCUGCUUCUCACAGCUUUUAGCGCGACCAACCCUCAUUUCCCCUUUGCUGCAGUGGAGCCGAUCUUGGGUCCGCAUCCGAAAGCUAGCAAAUGAGGCUGCCCCUUUCCUUUUGGGAGCCCCCGUCCCCAGGUGUCUCAAAUGCCAUUACUACUUCCCUUGGCCUAUGCAACCAAGGUUAUGAACCACGCCACAAAUCCUGCCCGGCCCAGUUUCCCAAACAUGGGUUAGCGAAACAAUGCUUCACUUCUGGCCACCCUCGAUCUACUUGUGCUGUUGCCAAGUUGACUUCUCAUGUGCUAUUGAACGACCUCAAUUUGCCGAUGGGUGGUUUCUCCAAAAUGGCUGCAUACCACCCCGGUAGCAGCUGUGAUUUAUUCUAAGCUCUUGGGGCAAGCGGCGAGGGCUGUUCCCCCCCGGGGGAUCCAGGCAAGGUGCCUGAAGGUGGAAGCUGCUGUAUUUACUAAUGGGGGGUGGAAGUGGGGAGGCGAGGGCAGAUGACAUCCUCUCCCCAUUCCCAGUAGGCUCUACUCCGGGCACCGCGAAACUGAUUAAACUGGCCCUGAAUUAAGGAUGCUGAGCAGAAACGUGCCUCCCGUCCCUUUUCUCCUCGGCAGCUAGGUCGUUUCUGUGCCCAGGGAAGUGGCUGAUCAUGAUGGCACGAGCUGGCCUUGGCCAGAGAGGGACACUGGGGUCACUACUCCCAGAACCGUGGCUGGGCAGAAGGGCCGGGUCUAUGAGAUUGUGUGCAAACGUGGGCCCGGACCUCGUGGGAACCAGAAGGGGCAGGGAGCCGGGAGCCAAUCAGAAGAGGCAGGCGGCUAUCAGCCCCUAAGGCCCCGCCCUCGAGGGGCCGAAUUCCUUGUAACGCGCGGGGCCGUGGACUGGGUCUGGGGAGAAAGUGGGCUCGGGAUGUCUUGUCUUUAUUCGAUAGAGACGACGCAUCUAUGAGGCGGGGGAGGGGAGGGAGAGGGGGACGAGGGG